AUGAAUUUGUAAUGUGAAUAGCCUUUUUAAUAUAAAAAACUUAGAUCCCAAUCCCUCAGUCCUUAUAACAAUUCCAACUUUAUAAAGCAACUCAAAAAAUCACUACACUACCCUCCCCAGAAGACUAUGGAAUUACAAUCUUUUGAGUACCUGCAAAACCAAGAAUAAAUCGAAACCAAUAUAAUUGGCUCAGAUUCUAUGAAAUACUAUUGCAAAACCAUUAAAAGCAGAAAGAACUCAUUAAUUUUUGAAACAGACUCUUAUCCCAUCAAUGAAAGUGCCUAAUAAAGUGUGGCAAUCAAUUAAUUUAACCACUGCACUCCUAAGGUUAUAAUAGUUAAGAACUUGUAACAAAAAAUAACCAGGAGAAAACAACCACCCACUAACCCUAUCAAUCCUCAAGAUUGUAACGAUGAAGAAACCAUACAACAUAGUAUCGUAGUUUAAAGUCAAAAUAAUGGAUCAACAAUUGAAACGAAAAGAGAAAACAUUACCAUCCUACCCCAAAUAAAGAAAUCCAAAAUCUUAAUGGGAGAAGAAUAACCAAUCAAGAGAUCAGCAAGAUACGAAUAAUUAAUGAAAAAAACCUGUGAUGACCAACUCCAUGAACUACAAUCAUUAAUAAAGAAAAUGUAAAAAUAGCCAAUUAUUAAGAAGGAGAAAAAAGUAACCUUUCUUAUUUGA